AUGAACUUCGACGGCAGACCAUAUUCUUCGCCAAGCCGAGUGAACUCCGGAGCCUUAGACUUUCGAGGCUUGUGUACACGUGAAAAAAGCUUAGGGAAAGCAGGGCAAGACGUUGCUUAUAAAUGUGGCAAACUCCAACCGAACGCGUCGGGACUUUUGUAUCUACAACCGUUCUCUAUCCCGCUGCUCCCAGCUUCUGAUCUCCGGUCUACACCAAACGCCAACAUGACCCGCGCACCUGUAAUUUGCAUAACCCAUGGCGGAGGUCCCAUGCCCAUCGUCGGCCCCAUGCUAGGCGACAAGGGACACGACAACAUAAACGCAACACUCAGUAACCGGAUCCCAGCAUUGUUAAAGUUGGGCACUCCAGACGCUCCGAAAGCAAUCGUUGUCGUCACACCGCACUGGCGCCCUGAUCGGCCGACUGUGACAGGGACUGCCGAACCUCCGCUCUACCACGAUUUCGAGCCUUCUCAUCCGCCGCAAAGUUGGGACAUAAGCUACAAGGCGCCGGGGUCGCCGGAAGUCGCGGAGAAAAUCUGCGAGUUGCUGCGGAAUGCGGGGUUACAGCCAGUGAAAGACAUGGAGAGAGGUUGGGACCAUGGCAUCUUUGUGCCAUUUCUCCUCAUCAACCCCAAAGGUGAUAUACCAUUGGUUCAGCUUUCCAUAUUGUCUACAGAGGAUCCUGUUCAGCACUACAGGAUCGGGGAGGCGCUGGCGACGCUACGAGACGAGAAUGUUGCCAUUGUGGGCUCGGGUUUCGCAUCGUUCCACAACGUGGCAAUUCAACGCUCCCUCUACUUUGCGGAUCCCAACAGUAGCGAGGUACAACUAUGGCUUGGUCGGGUCCGCGAAUGGAACAAAGUUCUGGCGGACAGCGUUCUGAAUAGAGACCCCAAGGAGCGCCUUCGCAGGCUACAGGGAUGGCGGGGAUUUCCGUACUCGCUUGACAUGCAUCCUGCGGGCGAAGCCGAACACCUGAUGCCUCUGAUGGUUUGCGCUGGGGCCGCAGCAAACGAUGAAGGCGCCCAAUUUACGGACACUUUUGGCGGCGUUGAGGUUGCUUCGCAAUAUUGGGGCAGCACAGGGAUCUUGUAG